GGCGAGUGAGGUGUGGAGUGCGCGGCGGCCACCUCCACACGACGUAAGCCCAUCCCCUGGUGACACGACACUGUGCCGCGAUGAUCUCGACCGUCAGUCGCGGCGUUCCCAUGCGGACAACGCGAGGUCAGGUCAGGUCAGACAGCAGGAGCGGCUGUAGCCCGUGCGCCUGCUGCUGCUGCGGCUGCUGCCGCUGCCUCAACCUCAGCUUUCUCAGGACCCGGAUCGGCCUGCUGAAGCUGGUAGAAAUGGCACUCGGCGGCAUAUGCCAGAGCCUGCUGAUCAAUUACGGCAUCGGCUACUCCGCCUCGCUGGGUCACGCCUACUCGAUCUUCCUGACGACGGCCUGCGCCUGCCUCUUCAGCACCGGCAUACUGCUGCUCUGUUACCUGGUCUCCGCCCCGUCUGUGGCACUUAUCCGACAGUCGAUAUUUGAGACGCUGUUCAACGGCGUGGCGGCCGUGCUGUACCUGGGCGCCUCAGCGUUUCUUUCCUUUACCGUACAGUCGGUGUUGUGGCCACAGUAUGUGGUGACUCCUUACUUCCAGGUGUAUCCAGCGCUCACUGCCGCCUACCCUAAAUCUCACAUGGUGUCGGAUCACCUGAGAACAUAACCAUGAACACAGACCAUGGAGCCACAGAUGCUGAUCAGCUGACUGCCAACACAGCAUUUGUGGCCAUUGAUAAAGGGCUUCUCUCAGGAAAAGUCAAUGAACAAGUGGAGGCAAUUGUCAAGUUUCCAGCUCUUUUUGAUCGUCAUCCAUUUCCACUGCUGAUCAACUCGUCCAUGCUCAAGCUGGCGGAUGUCUUCCGCAUUGGGUCAAACUUCACUCGGCUCUGCAUCCUGCGCGUAUGUCAACAGAGCGAGCGCCACCUGGAUAAGAUCCUCAACGUGGACGAGGUCGUCCGCCGGAUCUUCUCUGUCACUCACUCCAACGACCCUGUGGCGCGCGGCCUGGCGCUCAGCACCCUGGGCAGCCUGAGCGCCAUCAUCCCGCAGCGCAAGCAGGUGCACCACAGCAUCCGACAGGCGCUCGACUCGCGGGACCCGGCCGAGCUGGAGGCCGGGAUCGUAGCCGCGCAGCGCUUCGCCGCCGUCUCCAAGACGUUCGCCACCAACAUCAGCGAGCGCAUCUCGGAGAUGGUGCAGGGCGUCACCACGCCCGUCGACAUCAAGCUCAAGCUGCUCAACAUCCUGCAGCACAUGCACCACGACACGCAGACGGCGGCCGCGGUGCGACAGCUUUGUCUCCGCCUCUUGCCCAGCUUUCCGUCGGAGCAGUUCGUCAUGACCACGCUGAACGUGCUCACCAAGCUUGCCGCGCAGACACUGGUGGACAUCCCGGAGCAGGUGGACCUGCUGUUGGGCUACCUGAACAACGACGUCCGCCGGGCGGUGAAGUCAGCCGUGCUGCGGGACCUGCUGGAGCUCUCCAGACAGGCGGCGCCGCUCUGGUCCCAGGAGAACCAGUCGUCGCUGAUCGAGUUCGCCGCCGGCACGCGCUACACGGCCGUGAAGACGGCGGCGCUCUCCGUGCUGGUGUGCCUGGCCCGCUCGGUCUCGGUGCGCCAGUUCGACCUAGCGCCGCACGGGCCACUGAUGAGACUCUGCCGCGCCGGCGCCUGCCACCAGGAGGCGCGCGUGGCCGGCCGCGCCGUCCAGCUGCUCACCGCGCUCGCCGUACACUGCCAGGAGACGGGCACACGGCCGGACGUGACGGAGGCGGCCGUGGCGGCGUGCGACUGUGCCGCCGGACGGCCCACCUCCAACGAUGUCUAUCUGGUGAUGUGGCUCAGAUUCGGACACCACGGCGUGGCGGCCGCCCUGCUGCGGCCCACCCUGUGCCAGGUCUCCACCGAGCAGAUGCACUUCUGGCUGAGCGCUCUGGUCGAGCUGAGUGAAGCCGAGGCGGCGCUGGUGGCGCCACCUCACGACGACCUGGGCACGCUCUCGGCGGCGGCGCAGCGGUACGCCCGUGGCCUCUCCGCACUCCGGGCCACCACGUCGCCGACGCAGCUGCUGGAGUUCCCCGCCGAGUUCUGCCGGCUGCGCUGGCGCUGUCUGCAGGCGCACAUCCACCUGUGGACCGCGUGCCGCACCCUGCAGACCUCGCCGCCGCCCUGCCUGCAGAAGUCGGGGGCCGAGUUCUCGGCGCUGGCCGAGGAGUACGGCCGCCUGUACCGCUCGUCCUUCGACGCCGACCCCGACUCGCUGGCCUGUCUGGAGCGGCUGCAGCGGUGCUGCCUCCUCGUGGCGCAGGCCGUCGACUGGGCCGUGCGGCGCGGGAACCCCGAGACAUUCAGACGGCAGCACUGCUAG